UUAGAAGGAGGUUGAAAUCUCCACCAACUUGGUCACUAAUAAGGUAACAGUCAUCUCCUCUUCCAACUUCUUCACAGUUCCCACUCUGUUAAGUUCAUUUCUCUAUCCAUUUUCCUCUUUAUUCCUUCUCCGAACCUCCCAAAGUUUUUUGGUCACACAAACACGCACGCCAGAAGCAGCAGUGAAACCUCUCAUCAUCUCCUACAAUUCUCACGAGUGCCGACGGUUCUGAGUGUUGACAGGUCGUAUUAGUGGAGAAUGCAGGCUUCUGCUUUUGCAGUCGAGGCAAAAUCGGGUUCUACCCUCCAGAAUAGUAGGAUUUUGCCAAGCACUGGUGACUCCGGGAAAAAGAGUUUAGCGUUUGCGAGCAGCGAUCUUCGCAUGACAAAGAGGAAAAAUUGCGUUGGCCUUGGCCUCAGCUCCGCUUCAAUGGGGGUGAGGGGAAGUAUUCACAGCGUCUUUGGAUCUUCGGCCAAGGCCAGAUCAGUCAGAGCUCCAGCUUCUGGAGGAGACGUUGAGGAUGUAGCGCCUUCCAAAAUCCAAGUCAAAUCAUCUGGAACUGUGUUUCCAUAUGUUGGUGUUGCUUGCUUAGGAGCCAUUCUAUUCGGAUAUCAUCUGGGGGUGGUUAAUGGAGCUUUGGAGUACCUUGCCAAGGAUCUUGGUAUUGCAGAGAACACUGUGUUGCAAGGCUGGGUUGUUAGCACACUUCUUGCUGGUGCCACUGUUGGUUCUUUUACUGGAGGUUCAUUAGCUGAUAAAUUUGGGCGAACAAAGACUUUUCUGUUGGAUGCAAUUCCACUUGCAGUUGGAGCAUUUCUUUGUGCGACAGCACAAAGUAUAGAGACGAUGAUAAUUGGUCGCUUACUUGCUGGGAUUGGAAUUGGCAUAUCAUCAGCUAUUGUGCCACUUUACAUAUCUGAGAUCUCACCAACUGAAAUUCGUGGCGCACUUGGAUCUGUCAACCAGUUAUUUAUAUGUGUGGGUAUACUUGCAGCAUUGGUAGCUGGAUUGCCUUUGGCAGGGAACCCAUUGUGGUGGAGAACAAUGUUUGCUUUUGCACUUGUUCCUUCUGUAUUGUUGGCACUUGGAAUGGCGUUCUCCCCUGAAAGUCCACGAUGGCUUUAUCAGCAAGGGAAAAUUUCUGAAGCUGAAGUAUCCAUAAAAAGGCUCUUUGGGAAAGAAAGAGUUGGUGAGGUUAUGAGCGAUUUGGAUGCAGCAGCCCAAGGUUCCGCUGAACCUGAAGCUGGAUGGUUUGACCUUUUCAGCAGCCGUUACUGGAAGGUUGUCAGUGUUGGUGCAGCUCUGUUCUUGUUCCAGCAGCUUGCUGGGAUAAAUGCAGUUGUUUACUACUCGACCUCAGUAUUCCGUAGUGCUGGUAUAACAUCUGAUGUUGCUGGCAGUGUUCUGGUUGGGGCAGCGAAUGUCUUUGGCACAACUAUUGCUUCUUCAUUGAUGGAUAAGCAAGGAAGGAAAAGUCUUCUGCUUACAAGUUUUGCUGGAAUGGCUGCUUCUAUGUUGCUGCUUUCCCUGACCUUCACUUGGCCAGCUCUGGCACCUUAUUCGGGCACACUUGCUGUACUUGGCACUGUUCUUUACGUAUUGUCCUUUUCUCUUGGUGCUGGUCCUGUGCCUGCUCUUCUGCUUCCAGAGAUUUUUGCCUCUAGAAUCAGAGCAAAAGCAGUGGCUUUGUCUUUGGGCAUGCAUUGGCUAUCCAAUUUUGUGAUUGGCUUGUGCUUCUUGAGUGUCGUGAACAAGUUUGGAAUCAGCACAGUGUACCUGGGAUUUGCAUCUGUUUGUCUUCUAGCAGUAAUUUAUAUAGCUGGCAAUGUUGUGGAAACGAAGGGGCGAUCAUUAGAGGAGAUAGAACGUGCUCUCAACCCAGCUAUUUGAGAUAUAGUUCUGAAGCAUUGUGAUUUCAGCUGCGCUCUUGCAGACAUCUCGUCGGACACCAUUUUGACGGAGAUUCUGGGCCUGCUAAUUAACCCACAGACUGCCUUCCAAUCUGGCUGCCUUAAUUUUAUUUUUAUCCUGAAUCUACAUGGUCGGACAGUUCAAUGCACAAAUAGACACAGAUCUCUUCCCCAAUAGUGUUAAAAAAGGUCACCUGCUUGCUAAUCUUCUGUGUACAGAAAUCAAAACAAGGAACACCAUCACUGUGCAGAAAGUCGAACAUUGGUAAUGUAUCUCUUUAUUCUGGUAAUUAAAUUAUGAAUUUCGACAACACAACCUAGUGAAUGGGCGAAAUUUUGCCUCUUUUUAGUUCCAA